AGCUGUGCCGGAGGGGGACAGCGCCAGCGCUCAAGGUCCCUCCGCAGCCAUUCUCCGCUACACACUUGGCGAACCCGAGUCGCGCUCCGCUGCCGACUCUGCGAGACGCGAUGUUCUCCAGAGCCGCCUGGAGUCUGAUGCUGAGGAAAGGUGCGCUGGGAACUCGAGGGAUGCACAGCCCAGGAGCCCGCAGGGGAGAGAAGAUGCCCCCCUAUACCAACUGCCACGCCCAGCGCUCCUACCCAAUGCCAGAUGAGCCCUUCUGCACGGAGCUCAGCGCUGAGCAGCAGGCCCUGAAGGAGAAGGAGAAGGGCAGCUGGACCCAGCUGAGCCACGCCGAGAAGGUGGCCCUGUACCGGCUCCAGUUCCACGAGACCUUCGCAGAGAUGAACCGUCGCUCCAACGAGUGGAAGACCGUGAUGGGCUGUGUCUUUUUCUUCUUUGGAUUCACGGCUCUGCUGAUCUGGUGGCAGCGGGUCUAUGUGUUCCCCGUGAAGCCCAUCACCCUGACGGACGAGUGGAAGGCCCAGCAGCUCCAGCGCAUCCUGGACAUGAAGGGCAACCCCGUGGAAGGCCUGGCCUCACGGUGGGACUAUGAGAAGAAGCAGUGGAAGAAGUGACACUGCGUCCCAUCAGCUCUCCCUGCAGUGCCACGCUGGCCCACGACCUCUGGAGGCCCCCUGCUCCCUGCUCCUUAACCCCAAUAAAACUGGCCUGUUCUCUUC